CAUAACCUUAAAAUAUAAAUUUCUUUUAUAAAGUUUGUUAUGAAAUUAAAUUUAAAAAAAGGUGAAAUAAAUUUAAGUGACAAUUAUGAAAAUAUAAAAAAAAUAAAUAAAAAUAAUGGAGGAAAUUAAAUAUGUAAAAGAAAUUUUUCAAAAUUACUUCAAAGACGAGUUAAAAAGUAAAGAGAUUGGUGCUUUUUAUGUAAACACAUGUCAAACUUGUCAUUGUUUGGAUAAAUUGGAAAAACGUUUAAAAAGAUGUAGUGGUUGUCAUAUGAUUUCUUAUUGUGACACUGAACAUCAAGCAAAACAUUGGCCAAUUCAUAAGAAAUUAUGUAAAAUUGUUAAACAAAUUAUUUCCACCAAUGGCGGUAAUAGUAUUUUUGGUAAUACAAAAGGAUUGGAUAAAAAAAAUUGGGUAAAAUUAAAAAUGAAUACAAUGCUAAUUGUAUCGUUAAAAAUUGGACGAGAAUUAACGACAAGUGAAAAAGACAUGUUUCUAUUUCCACGAAUUUGUUGUAUUUGUCAUGAUAGUAAUCCACGAGCAUUGACAAAUUGUCUCGAUUGUGGAAAUUCAAGUUUUUGCAAUGAUCACAUUUCCGAUGCAAGACAUAAAAUAAUUUGUUCAUCAUUUGCGCUUGGUUAUAAGUUAAAUCUUUUUAAAAUGUUUACCAGCAAUAUAAAUAUUUUGGAAAUUAUUUCCAUUCUUCUUGAUAAAAAUCCAAUUAAUUGCAUUCCAUUUGCAGUGGAAAAUUACAAUUUUCUUUCAAUGAGACAAUUUAUUGAUAUUUUUUUCCAUGAAAUAAUUAACAAUCAUUGUCAAGAAAAUAUGAUGAGUUCUGAUUUUUGGGAAAUUUUUAUUGCUGACUAUUUUACAAGACCAUUGACACUAUUGUCGGCAAUAAAACUUAUAAAUUACAAAGUGGAACGUGAAUUAAUUAUUCACAUUAUUGGAUCCUAUUAUCUUGAAUUAAAUGGAAUUUUCGCGUGGGAAAUUAUUUUUCAUCUAAUGACGAGUAUCGAAAAAUUGACAAUUAUUCUCAUUGGUCCAGGCCUUGUUGAGGAUAAAAUAAUGAAUCCUCAACUUUGUGAGAAUUGUCAAAAAUUAGGAAAAUUUAUUAAUGUUAUUGUGGAUAAUAAUUAUUAUCAUGAAUUUAUGAACGAAGAAAUGAGACCAAAUUUAAUUAUUGGUUAUAAUUUGGGAAUAAGUGAAUACGAGAAUCCAGGAAGUUUGGACGAUACAUGGCAAUUGACAAUUUUGAAAAUAGUCGAAAUUAAUGUACCAUUUAUAAUGACUUGUUACACUGAGGGCGAAGCUCACAAAGAUCAUGAAAGAAUAAAUUAUUUUUUAAAAACAAAAAGCAAAACAAAUACGAAUUACACUAUUCUACAACGAAAUAAAUUUGCCAGUUUAACACCUUUCAGGGAUUUUGAGACUGAAGGUGUAUUUUAUCAAAAUGAUUAUUUAAUAGUUUAUAAUAAUUGGCAAAAAUUAAUAGUAAAUAAUUGAAAGAAAAAAAAAAAUUUCUUUUUUAAUUUCAAUAAAACUCAACUAGUAUUAAAAUAUAAAAAUUAAAUUUUGUUUUAUGUAAUUUUUUUUCUAAUUAAAUAAAUAAUAUUUUUGUAACUUGUGUGCUUUCUAAUUUAAUUUUAUACUCUCUCUCUAUUUUUUCUUUC